AUGAAGCAAUUUGUUACAGAUUCAUUUGUUGGUCAAAUCUUGUAUCGUUUAUCAGGAAGAAAGAUAUUUUUACACCGUGAUGAAUUACCUGAUUAUGUCAUUCCAGAAAAGUACUUGGUGAAUAAUGAUAAAAAACCAGAAUAUGAAUUCCCAUCAGAAGAAAGGGGAGAAGAGAACAACAACAACAGCGACAACAUAGACAAUAUAGUUGCUAAUGACGCCGCUGAUGAUGAAAACAAGGAGAAACAACAGGAUGUAAAUACAGAUAGUGCCUCAGACACAAGCAAAACAUCUACUGCCACACCAGAUCCCAAAUCAGAUUACAUCAUAGUAACAUGGGAUGGCGAUGAUGACCCUGAUAACCCGUACAAUUGGCCAUUUUACAUCAAGGCCAUCAUGGCCUUCCAAAUUGCCUUUUUAACCGUUUCAGUAUACAUGGGAUCAGCAAUCUAUACCCCAGGAGUUGCCGAUAUAAUGGAGAAAUUCAACAUCAAUGAAACUAAAGCAGUAUUACCGUUGACUAUGUUUGUCAUCGGUUAUGGUAUUGGGCCCAUUUUUUUCAGUCCAUUGAGUGAAGACUCACGAAUUGGAAGAACUCCCUUGUACAUUAUUACCUUGUUUAUUUUCUGCAUCAUGCAAAUCCCCACAGCUUUAUCGACUAGUCUUGCUGGGAUGACUGUGUUGCGUUUAAUUGCUGGGUUUUUCGCUAGUCCCGCAUUGAGUACCGGUGGUGCAUCUUUUGGUGAUUUCAUCACAUUACCUUAUUUUGUCGUGGGUUUAGCUACUUGGUCAUUGGGUGCUGUUUGUGGACCCAGUGUUGGUCCUUUGAUUGGCUCGGUAUUGGUGCAAAGAGGGGGGCACAAUGGGUAUGAAAGUUGGCGGUGGACGUUUUGGUUUAUGGCUUUGAUUUCAUCGUGUUUUUUGGUUCUUGGCUGGACAUUACCAGAAACUUUUGCCCCUAAAUUGUUGCGUCAAAAGGCUGCCAGAUUGAGAAAAUUGACAGGUAAUGACAAGAUCGUAUCUCAAGCGGAAUUAGAUCAUGGCUCAUCAACUACUGGUCAAGUUGUACGUAAAUUGUUUUGGCGCCCCUUUGAAAUCACAAUCACCGAACCAGUCGUUUUGUUAAUUGGAAUUUACAUUGCCCUUGUUUACAGCAUCCUAUACUUGUUUUUCGAAGCUGUUCCCAUUGUGUUCCAAGAAACUAAACACUUUACUUUGGUUGAAAUGGGAGUCACUUAUCUUUCGGUGGUUAUUGGAAUUUUCAUUGGUGGAUCCAUCUACAUUCCCUAUGUCUACAAAGUCUUUACCAAGAGACUACUAGCUGGGGAAUACGAUAAGGUCACUCCCGAGAUUUUCUUGCCUCCAGCUAUACUAGGAGCCAUAUUUAUGCCUAUUGGAUUAUUCAUAUUUGGUUGGACAUCAUCACCCAAGAUCCAUUGGUUCCCACCAUUGAUUGGAAUUGGCCUUUUCGCCAUUGGUGCAUUCAUCAUUUUCCAGACAUUGUUCAAUUAUAUGGCAGCUAGUUUCAAAGUUGAAUACUUGGCUUCGGUGUUUUCGUCAAAUGCAUUUUUCAGAAGUGUUGUUGCUGGUGCUUUCCCUCUUUUCGGAAGAGCCUUGUUUAUCAAUUUGAGUAUUCAUGAUUUCCCUGUCGGGUGGGGUACUACAAUAUUGGCAUUCUUGUGUAUGUUGAUGAUUCUAAUCCCCGUGUUUUUCUACUUGAAUGGUCCUAAGUUGAGAGCUAGGUCAAAGUAUGCCAACCAUUAA